UGGCGCAGAGUGAGUGAAAAGAUAAAGGAGAGAGAGGGAUGGUUUAGUGGGAGAGAGAUAAAGUAACAACGGGAAGAGAGAGAGUUAAUUACAAGGACUAUUCCAUGCUGGUGAUUCGGGUCAAAUUACAUGUGUGUGGGGAAAAUUAAUAAGUUAUUCGGGUCGGGUAAUUUUUUAAGUUGUUGAGUCGAAUGACCUUUGAGCAGGGUGCUAGUGCUAGCUGAACGGAGCAGAGCACGGUCCUACAUGAUGCCGCCGUCGUGCAUUGCCCAAAACCCUAAUAAUCCUAGCAUAAUUGUUCUUCCUUGGGGAUUGAAAUCUCCGAUGACACGUAGCAGCUCAUGUCGUCUACAUCUCAGAAAAACCAUAUCACCGGCGUCUUCUUCUUUUACCGUUCGGUCGUCUUCUUCUCUCUCUCAGCGACCCCUCAGGUACGCGGUGCUUGGUGCUGGCUUUGCUGGGCUGUCUGUUGCUUGGCACUUGUUGCAAUACGGUCCCAAGGAUUUGCAACUGUGCGUUGACAUUUAUGAUGAAGCCGGCAUUGGUGGGGGUGCAUCUGGGGUUUCUGGGGGACUCCUUCACCCAUACUCUCCCAAAGCUAAGCUUCUAUGGAGGGGUGCUGAAUGCUGGAAAGAGAGUUUAAAGCUUUUAAGCGUUGCUGAGGCAGCAGUUGGUUUGCAGGAGUUAAACUUGGGAAAUCAAGAAAAUUCUAAAGGCUUCAUAGUGAGGAGAAGAGGCAUUCUAAGGCCAGCAGUCAGUUUGAAGAAUAUGGAUGCAUUGAGUGAUAAUGUUCAGGACUGCCUUGCUAGUUGCAGAAUAGAGUCCAUUGACGAGGAUGCUGCCAGAAGUCUUGUUCCCAAUUUAUGCGUACCUUUCAACUCUGCCUUUUAUAUGCCUGAAGCUGUAAAUGUUCAUCCCCUUCGCUAUCUGGAGGCACUCUUCUUAGCAUGUGAAAAUCUAGUGAAAGACGUGUCUACUUCAGGUUUUGCGGAGAAAGAGUUAUGUUUGCACAAGAAGUCCAUAAACAAUCUCCUUGAACUAGCCGGGGAAUAUGAUGCAGUGAUUAUUUGUCUAGGUGCCAGAGCAGCCUUUCUGCCAGAGCUAUCAGGGAGGCUUCCUUUGAGGACAUGUAGAGGUGUCAUUGCUCACCUGCACCUGCCUGAUGAUAUUGGAGAGAGUUAUCCAGAACGUAGCCCUUCGAUUCUCUCAGAUGCAUGGCUUGCUGUCCAUGGGCCCCGCAAUCUUCAUUUGGGCUCCACAUGGGAAUGGAAGUCAAAGAAUUAUUCACCAUGUGUCCCUUGGGAGGAAGCUUCAAAAGCUCUGGAAGAGCUUCUGCCAAAAGCAUCUGUCAUAUAUCCAGGCAUAAAGAAUUGGACAUGCACUGGAGCAAGUGCAGGUCUAAGGGCAAUGCCUCCACUCACUCCUAAUGGAUCACUUCCAAUUCUGGGUUGUAUAGAUGAUUUUGUAGGUGGAAAUUGUACUUGUAAAUACUGGUUAUUUGGUGGCCUUGGUUCAAGGGGUCUGUUGUACCAUGGUUGGCUUGGGAAACUGAUUGCACAAGCUGUGCUUUCCUGUAAUGAAGAUUUAAUCCCCUCAGAAUUAAUCUCUUGGAGGAAUAAGAUGAAACAAUAAUUAAUGAGAAUUUCUUGAUCUAUAGCUUUAGCAAUUAAACUUGCUUUAUACCUUC